AAUCAAUCAAAAACGAGGUAUUUAUGUGAGUUUUUGCAAUUUUCUUACUACAUUGCAAGACUAUUUAAAUUUUCUCUGUAAAAUAUACAAAAAAAAUUGUGUGUGUGAGAGAAUGAAGUAAAAGCAGUCUCGAGAGAGACAUUGAAAGAAGUUUUUUCGAACUGAGUGGCGAGAUACAUACUACUCGGGGGCUUCACUGAGAACUCGGCGUUCCAGAAGGAGGAUUUACAUUCAGAAAUGUUGAAAUGAAAAAUCCUCCUGGUUCAGCAUCUUGGAGUUAAGAUCAGAGGGACACUUGAUGUCUGAAAGAAUGCGUUUCUCCAGAUCUCUCUUUGGCGGGCGUGUGUCAUGACGGAUGGGAUAACUUACGCUGUGGUAGCACCGCUUUUCUACUGUGCUUCAGGCGUUUAAAAUUUAACUCAAGGGGUCAUGUGUUUGGCGUGAUGAGGACCACAGAGAACUUUGGUGAGACUGCUAACACACUAAGCCUUAAAAUGACCCCCAGAGGAAGGUACAUUUAUCUGGAAGCGUUUCUUCAGGGAGGUGCUCCUUGGGGUUUUACUUUGAAAGGGGGCCUGGAGCAUGGAGAACCAUUAAUCAUCUCUAAGGUUGAGGAAGGGGGCAAAGCGGCCUUGGUGAGCUCCAGACUGCAGGCCGGGGAUGAGGUGGUGCACAUCAAUGAGGUCGCGCUGAGCAGCUCCAGAAGGGAGGCCGUUUCCCUGGUGAAAGGAUCCUACAAGACCCUCAGGCUGGUGGUGCGCAGCGAGGUAGCGUCUCCAGUGCACACCUGGGCGUUAGGUCCCGGGGCCUGGCUCUCAGGACGCUCCCCAUGGCAGGAUCUGGCCCCGGCUUCUGCAAGCCUCAUUGGAAUCGGGGCCUUCGUGGUCACUUUGCCACAAGGAGGUUUGGCGGCCUCCCCGGUGUGCCCCCCGCCAGUGGCCGAGCGGUGCGGUGGUUAA